UCCUGAAAAGCAAAAUACUGCUGUAUACUUGUAGCUCUAUUCUGCUAUAAGAUUAUUUUUAAUCAACCUGUUAUGUGGCACAACGCAAGGAUAGGAAGAUUUGAAAGCACACCUCCUGGUCGAGACAUAAGGACACUACUGCUGCGCCUCAAGAUCGCUCACUUAUCAGUUUCAUUUGGCUUUCUACCUACAUGUGAUGAUGUAUUGAGAGUGAAAAAUCACCUGCGGGUGACUUCAGACACCGGACGCUCGCGUUUACACCACAAUAACGUUAGUGCUAUAUACGUACUGCAUUUCAUCUGUUUUUGUGCAGCUAUUUUGUCCCCAAAUUCAGCUUAUUCCAAACACUGUCAUGAUCUCUUGUAUUCUAAUUCUCUCAAGCCAGUGAUUCUGUUUUGAUUCAUUUUGGUGAUACUUAAAGAAGACCACGUUGAUUUGUUUCUUUAGACUGCUGUCUCCACUCCCAACCCCCACGUCAAUUCCUCCCCUCACCCCGCCUUUCCGAUGCUUCUCGGUUCCUUCCGUUCUGCGCCGCCGUUAUUUUACAACUUUUAAAGAUGCUAUUGAGUGAGUUUCGUCCCGAAGGCAGAAAUCGCCGCUUCUGAGCUACGCCAGGAAAUGCACCCACAACAAAAUCUGGGAGAUCAAAGAGAAGCAAGGGGCGGAAGAGCGCCAUUGCAGCUCGGAAUCUGGGAAGCUUUUCUGGUUGUCGGUGAACGUGCUGCUGUUUUGGAAAACCUUUACGCUUUAUUACUACGGUACACAGUAUUAUUACUUGCAUCGGAUGCUUGGGUGCAUCUUCAAUUUUUCUGGAUUUCAGUGGUUCAAGGCAGAUCACCACCAACAUCUCGAGAGCAAUUAGGGAUGGGUCAUAAAUGCAGGUUGAGCCAGCGGCAGCAACAUCCUACGAGUGAAUUAAAAAUGAGAGAUACUAUGCAAUCAUUGCUAGGAUUAUGCAUUAGCAGAGCUUCUGCUUCAGUCCUGAAUAUGAACUGCAGUCUUGUCCUGCUGCCCAUGUGUCGCACUUUACUGGCAUUUCUGCGAGGAUCACAGAAGGUAAUGAGCAGAAAAGCACGAAGAUUAUUGGAUAAGAGUAAAACGUUUCAUGUAACGUGUGGUUUUACUAUAUGUUUAUUUUCAGUAGUCCAUGUUGCAGCUCACAUGGUCAAUGCCCUGAACUUUUCUUUGUGCUACAGUGAAGACUUUCCAGCUCUCAAUGUCGCUCACUAUCGGGAUGAGGAUCCCAGGAAGAUUCUCUUCACAACACUUCCAGGAGUAACUGGAUUUUUCAUGGUACUGGUGCUUUUCCUAAUGUGUACAUCUUCAUCAUAUUCAUUAAGGUUUUCCAACUUCGAUAUCUUUUGGUAUAUACAUAACCUCUUCAUAGUAUUCUACAUUUUACUUCUGCUUCAUGUGACUGGAGGCAUGUUGAAAUAUCAGGCAAAUUUGGAUCAACACCCGCCUGGCUGCAUUAACCCGAAUAAAACAUUAAUCGAUGAUUUGCCUGUGACAGAAUGUCCUGCAGAGCAAUUUAUGGAAGUCUAUACUGAGUCAGAACCUGGGAUGGAGAACAACUCCAAGAAAGUCUGCGGUGAAGCUCCAAAAUUUCAGUCUAAUUUGCAGGAGACAUGGUUUUGGGUGACUGGACCUCUCUGUCUUUAUUGUGCAGAAAGGCUGUAUAGAUACAUUCGGAGCAACAAACCAGUCACCAUUGUGUCUGUGAAUUCUCAUCCCUGUGAUGUAAUAGAAUUACGAAUGCUGAAAGAAAACUUCAGAGCAAGGCCUGGUCAGUAUAUUGUUCUGCACUGUCCGAGUGUAUCAACAUUUGAGAGCCAUCCCUUUACCCUCACAACAAGCCCUACAGAAAAUCGAGGAACAUUUGGUAUCCAUAUCCGUGUUCUAGGAGAUUGGACAGAAAGAUUUAGGGAACUGCUGCUACUUGAACCAAAUUUGGAUGCAGAAAUCCUGCCCAUACUACAGCAGAGAAAUUACCCAAAAUUAUAUAUUGAUGGUCCAUUUGGGAGUCCAUCAGAGGAAGUCUUCAACUACGAGGUUAGCCUUUGUGUGGCCGGUGGUAUUGGAGUGACCCCUUUUGCUUCAGUUCUAAACACACUAUUAAAUGAUUGGAAACAGUAUAAGCUCAGACGACUUUACUUCAUUUGGAUAUGUAGGGAAAUUCAGUCUUUUUUCUGGUUUGCAGAUUUGCUGUGCAUUUUACAUGACAAGCUUUGGCAGGAGAACCGACCAGACUACUUAAACAUUCAGUUGUAUCUCAGUCAAACAAACGGAAUACAGAAUUUAAAUGGAGAAAAAUAUCAAGCUCUGAAUUCGAGGCUUAUUAUUGGAAAACCUCGUUUGAAACUUCUGUUUGGAGAAAUAGCCAAGUGCAAUAGACAAAAAUGUGUUGGUGUUUUUUGCUGCGGGCCUAACAAGCUCUCCAAGGAACUGCACAAGCUUAGCAAUAAAACCAGUUCACACGGAACAAAAUUUGAGUACAACAAAGAAUCGUUCUCAUGAAGAUCAAUAAGGAAGAGAAAAUUAGCUAUGAAAACGUGAAGUGCAAUUAUUAACUGAUAAUUAGCAGGAUGUGCCUUAUACAAUCCCUUGUCACCAAAGAAUGAACAUAUUGAAUCAAUGCCAAUUCAGUAGUUGGUGUGGCAGAGGUACCAGUUUAUGUAUGGGGUUUGUCAAUGUCAGUUUAUCAAUUGGUAUUUUUCCAAUAUCAGUGAGUGAAUACCAGCUAUUUUAUUUCUAUUAGAACAAUUUAAUGGAAGGUUUGAAGUGUUGUUGCAGUUUUCAUAAAUCUAUUUCUCAUAAAAGAAUUUACAUGUAGCAGCAGAACUCAAUUCUGACAUAUGGUGAUGGGAAAAUUGGAUGUUGUACUCUGAAAUGUCAAAACAGUCCAUGCUUCUGUGUAACAAUUAUUUCCCCAUACUAUCUUAAUUAGUGUAGUUUGCUGUAACUGGCUGAGAAGGAAAGUGCCUUUAUAUCAUUUAUACUUCCAAGAACUGGAUAUUAAAGCGUAUUUAUUGUAUUAA